GGCAAUAUGUUGGAGGUGGUCACCCCCACACAACUGGUUAAAGUUUUCACAACUGUACUAAAGUUGACCAAGAGGCUUACUAGCAGCGGAAGAGGGAAUCUAGAAACCCGCGGAAUAUUUUUAUUUGACUACUCGAAUUUAGUGUUUGCCACUUUUAUGCGUGGAAACCCGUAAUCUUGUGUGAAUAAAGACCGUUAUCGUUCGUUCUUGGACUUAUUAGUUCGUGCUUGGACUUAUAUUACACUGAGGAUGGGAAGUUUCCUCUGAGCAGGAAUUGUUUCUAAAGUUUGGGAUGGUGGUUUUGUAGCACCCCAUGUUCUGGUGAAUACUCCAAAGAAACUAAGUGGCUCGUGUGGGGUCUCAGCGGAGAAACGACUGACCAUGGGUCCACUCACUACGCCCAAAAAAGGAAGAGAAGUGGGGUCCGUCGAUCCCUGGACUCCCACCUCCAACCUUAAAAUGCUCAUCAGCGCUGCUAGUCCUGAGAUCAGGAACCGGGAGAAGGAACUGUGCAUGGACAAUGACGGGCGGGAUGCUCUUGACUCGUCACAGGACCCUGAAAAUGUGGAAGAGUCGGAGAAAAUGAUCAGCAGAAAAGAGAAGAGUCUGGGAUUGCUCUGCCACAAAUUCCUCGCCCGAUACCCAGAUUACCCAAACCCAGCCCUCAACAACGACAUCUGCCUUGAUGAUGUGGCCACGGAGCUCAGCGUGGAGCGCCGGCGCAUCUACGACAUCAUGAACGUGCUAGAGAGCCUUCAUAUGGUGAGCCGCUCGGCAAAGAACCGCUACACCUGGCACGGUCGGACCAAACUGCCCCAGACGCUGGCCAUUUUGAAGCAGGUGGGUGAGGAUCACCGGUACGCCCAGCAGAUGCAGCAGAUUCAGCAGAUGCGGCAGCGUCUCCUGGACAAGGAGUUUGACUUUGACGCGGAGGAGAAGGAGAACGAGGUGGUGGCGGACUUGGAGAACAGAGAGCAGGGGCAGAAAGAGCUCUUCUUUGUGGAGCUUCCAGGAGUAGAAUUCAAAGCAGCCUCGGUUAACAGCAGGAAGGAUAAAUCUCUGCGGGUGAUGAGCCAGAAGUUCGUCAUGCUCUUUCUGGUGUCUAAUCCUCGUGUGGUCUGUUUGGAUGUGGCUGCCAAGAUCCUGAUUGGAGAGGAUCAGGUUCCAGAUCAAGACAAGAACAAGUUCAAGACCAAGGUGCGGAGACUGUAUGAUAUAGCUAAUGUGCUGCGAAGCCUGAAGCUCAUUGAGAAAGUCCAUGUGACCGAAGAGAGGGGGAGGAAACCGGCCUUCGAAUGGGUCGGCCCACAAGAAUUUCCACAGGUCAAAGACUCGGAGAACUCCACAUCUGAAAUCCCAUCCAAAAAGAAAAGCGUGCUGGAGUCUCGCUCAUCGGUAGAAAACUGUGCAAAAAAACUCUUUACAUCCCCUGGGGCCAAGCGGAGCUUCACAAGGCACCCCUCCCUCAUAAAGCUCGCCAAGAGCAUUCAGGAAGACCGACGCAAGAUCAACUCCGCCCCUAGCAGUCCUUUAAAAAGUGUCCUCAGUGAUUCAGCCAAUAACGAUUUCUCCAACAAAAUGGCUCAACUUGCUGCUAUUUGUAAGAUUGAACUUGACCAGGGGACAGCGACCGGAGCCAAAGAUCCAAAACCCGCUGCUGCUGCUGCUGUGGAGGUGGACACGACAGCUGUGAGGUUACAGCCGGCCACGUCUAGUUUGAUGGAACCACCUCAGGCCCCAUCACUAACCCCGACCCAUGAGCCCAGAGUCAACACUACUGUCCACACCACCCCGUUGACAGCACAGCCCACGGGCUCCGUCGCCUACCUCCCUGCGCAGUGUUCACCCCUGAUCCCUGUCCUGUUACAUCAGCAGAGGGGUAACGGCCCCUACGCGGUAUAUUUACACCCUUCCUCCAUCAGGCCGAACCCUCUGGCCAAGCCGCAGCCGUCCAGCCUCGCUGUGCGCUCUAUGACAUUUGAGGAUAAAACCGGGCAAAGCCCAACGAGCCAGUCAGUAGCUAAGAGCGACCCGCUCUCCAAGGGCGGUGAUGUCAGUCCCUUGACGCAUAAACGGCUGCGUGCAGAUUCAGCCUCGGAAAGCAGCCCCUCCAAAGCCAAGAGGUCUGACCCGAACUUAAAGGACGCCUCGCCAAAGCUGUGCGAGAUCCUGCAGGCCCGCCUCAAGGCCCGCCGUGGCGCUCUCCUCACCAGCCGGCCCUCGCCUCGCGCCCUCCACCUGGACCCGGAGUUUGUCAACACCCCAGGCACGGCUGGAGCCAGUCAGACCGUAGAGCCGAGCCUGGAGAGCUUCCUGGACAGAGAGGACAAGACGGCAAACUCUGACAGCGAACAGUUGACGCCGAUCAGAGCCGUUCCCCUCACGCCCGGACACCUCCACGCUGAGACUUUAGUACCUGCUGGAUACUUGAUCCCAAUCUCCCACCAGUCCCUCAUCAGCUGUACAGAAGUUCAAGGCUCAGCAGGAGAAAACACCAAGGCCUCAACUCCCACUUACAACAUCUACCAAACACCAACCGCAGGAUCCAGACCUGCCCCAGCUCAGGAGAUUACCCCGACCAGCGUCCGUGUCCACCGACCCGCUGCUGCCGCCGCCUCUCCGCACGCCACCCAGCAGCAGGCCCAACGCCUCCACAGCCCCAGUCCGGCCAUCCUGAACUUCACCCUGCAGAACCUGGGUCUGAUCUCUGGCUCCAGCCCCGUAAGCGCAUUCGCCGCCCCCCAGACCCCGGAGGGCUGCAACACCAUGCCGAGCCCUCUGUCCCUGCAGCAAAGAGGCAUGGUCUUCAUCAAACCUCUAUCCCCCGUUCCGGUCCAGCAGACGCCUUCUAUGCAUCCAGUCACUCUGAUCAGUGUACAGCAGCCUCUGAUGACGACCCCCAAAGGGACCGGACUCCCCCAGCACAGCUUCUUUCACACACCAGUCCCCCUCUCGCCUCUAGCUACCGUGACCACCGGCGGGCACCUGGCUGCCAAAACAGUUUACAUCCCUCAGAGGAAGCUGGACGUCACCACUGAGGACUCCUGAAAGGAAAACCUCUCACGUCUGAUUGCAUUAUGCGUUGCUGGGUGUUUGUGUUGUGGUGGGUGGGUGGGUGUCUUUUACUUUCUGUUUAGUCUCUUUUUACAUUUCAUAGUGUUUGUUACCUCUGAACAUUUCACAUCAGCCUGAUUCUUAUCGCGACCAGCUCUAAAGACAGCUGCAGACGAAGGGUGGAAUUCAAAGUUCACCAAUAACUCAUGAACACUACUGUCAUGUUCACUGUGAAGCUGUCGGGGAACUGCUUUCCCGGGACUAAAUUUGCAUUCGUUUCUUGUGCGUGACUUGAUUUUCUCGUUAAUUUUUGUGUUCUUUUUUUAUUUUCUGCUAAUGUGAAUGAUUUUAUUUCUUCAAAGCAGUAGUAAAAGUCAGAUCAGUGCUAUAGCGAAAACCUAAUGAGAUCUCUUUUGCACAUAUGUACAUGUCACCUGUUUUCUCUUUAAAGAAAUUGUUAAAAAAAUAUCUUAAUAUUUGUGAUACAAUAUAAAUUAGACAUUGAUGAGUUUAAUUUAUAAAGGGAAUUACCUUUGUCUCCGAUGUCCUGCUUAAUGUAAAAAGCUAAAUAAAAUUUAAUGUUUUUUGUAAGAACAAAGUUCAUUUCUUUUUUGUCUCUGUUUUCGUGUGACGUUAAAGUUACAGUUAUUCAUGUUUUCUGUUUAACAAGCAUUUUAUCAGCCAAACCAAUUUCACCACCCUCAAAUGUUUUGAGGCAAAAAGUUUAGGUGCUCAUCAAUGUUCGUUCUUGUCUGUACUUACUGUGAAACAUCAUCUCUCACUGUACUGUUCCAAUUUAUGUCUUGCACUGUGAGUGGCUGCACCCUACAUGCAUGGCCCUGAGCGACACGUCACCUACUUAUUUCUGUUACCUUUCUUUUAUACUGACUUUCACUACCUUUCUUUUAAGUUACUUUUCAUUACGUUUGGUUACUUUUGUUAGUUACUUUUGCAUUUUUUUCCAUACUUUUGCUACUUCUGUUACAUAUAUCUUACAUUUUAAUUACUUGUAGGUAUUAACAUCACUUUCGUUACUUUUUGUUACUUUUACCAUUUGUUGCUUUCAUUACUUUUGUUUCUUUUAGUUACUCUUCUUCUUUUGUUACUUUGAUUACUUUUAGCUACUUGUAGAUAUUUUCAUUACUUUCCGUUACUUUUGCCACAUUUUAUGUGUAAGGGUGACAAUGUAACCAUGGCAACAGAUGCAUGGCGGAGGGGAACCCUUUAACCCAUCAUGGCUGCCACAAUAAGUAAUGACUAACAUCUGCUGGUUUCACAUUUCCUACACAUCCACCUGUGUGACAGUGAGUACACUGACGCACACACAUAACGCAAGUUUGUUAAACUGUCAAAUUAAAAUUUCCAACAUGCAAAAAA